CCUAGCCGCUCUCUCGCUCGCUCUCUCGCUCGCCCCUCUCGCCGCCAUGAGGAAGCUCUGCCUGGGCACGGUGGGCGUGCUGUCCAUGACCCUGCUCAUCGCCAGCGUCGCCCUGCUCGUGGCCCGCGUCUUGCAGAAAGCCGUGGAGCUGCAAGUCCGACAGCAAACCGUGUUAAAAAAUGGUACAGAAUUUUUUGAAAUGUGGGAGGAGCCUCCGCCGCCAGUUUAUAUGCAGUUCUAUUUUUUUAACUUGACCAAUCCUUUGGAAGUGGUUCAAGGUGAACCUCCCAUUGUGAGACAAGUUGGACCAUACACUUACAGGGAACACCGGCUCCACGUAAAUGUUCACUUUUUAGACAACGGCACAAAAGUGUCUUCUCUGAAUCCAAAGACUUACUUCUUCGAGCCGGAGAUGUCCGUGGGGGACCCGGAAGCUCAUCUGAUCAGGACUAUAAACAUGCCUGCGCUGGUUGCAAUGAACAUGGCUACAGCAACGCCCAUGCGUUUACCUGCAGAGAUCUUGCUCAUAUUAUUUGACGAAAACUUGUUCACGACACGCACUGUCCAUGAACUGCUGUGGGGCUACACAGACAAGCUGCUCAGCGCCCUACACAAAUUCCGCCCCAGUAUUGACCCAGACUUCGGCUUUUUUAAAAAGAUGAACGGGUCCGACGACGGCGAGUACGUUGUCCUAAGCGGGGAGAAGAACUACCUUGACUUCACGAAGAUCGUCAAAUGGAGAGGGAAAGACUCACUAGACUGGUGGACGUCGCCAACUUGUAACAUGAUAAAUGGAACCGACGGUGAUACUUUUCACCCAUUGAUAGACACUGGUGAAACCAUCUACGUUUUCUCGUCAGACUUCUGUAGGUCCAUGUACCUCACGUUUCAGAAGUACGUGACGGUUGAAGGGAUCUCAGCCUACCGGUUUUCGCCUCCUGAGACGCUCUUUGCAAACGCCUCCGUCAAUCCAGACAAUGCCGGGUUUUGUGUGCCGGCAGGGAACUGCCUAGGGGCAGGGCUCCUGAACAUCAGCGCCUGCAAUCAAGGUGCACCAAUAUUUUUAUCACCCCCACAUUUUUACCUAUCCGAUGAUAAGUAUGUCCAGGACAUUGAUGGCAUGCAUCCGAAUCAGGAGGAGCACGAGACAUAUGUGGACAUAAACCCUUUGACAGGAGUGCUGGUCAGAGCAGCCCGGCGACUGCAGAUCAAUACUUACGUUGAAAAGCUACCCGAUUUUAUCCAAACAGGCAACAUCAAAACCAUGUUCCUCCCUGUGUUCUACAUAAACGAGAGUGUCGUGCUGGACAAAGCAUCCGUGGCAAAACUGAAGACUGUUCUUCUUGAAACUGCGGUGAUGACCAGCGUCCCCUAUAUCAUCAUGGCACUAGGGAUUCUUUUUGGUGCUCUGUUCGUUGCGCUUGUCUGCAAGCCCUUCCGGGCGAGGGAGGAGGGCAGCGAAGGUUUAGUAGACACAGAGUAAGCACCUUUCCGCAAACGUUCAGCAGCUGUCUUAAGACACAUGGCUUCCGAAGACGAGAGAGCGCCGCUCAUCCGGACAUCGUGACUCAAUUUCCCCAGCAACAACAAGAACAACACUUUUCAGAAACGAGCUUAGUGAUGACUGAACUAUGCAAGCUGCUCUUAACUGCAACCACUACACUGUACAACAGUCUCGACCAUCUCCCCUGCACACUAAUAUAUGUUAACAUUCUGUUUCGGGUUUUGCGGCAUUCAGGAAGGGUUUGCUUUGUGAAAAGUGGACUGCUGUUUAAGAGCGGAGGUUGCGGUACUGCCUUUUCUAAAAAGCUGGAACAAAGGCAACUUCCGUUGUCUUCCGAGAUUGCAAAAAGCAGCGUUCUAAUAUCCCUGUGUGGCUAUAGACACUUGCACUGGUGUUCUCCCAUUGACUCCCAUGGGACUGUAGUAGUGUAGGUGUCUGUGGAUCGGCCCCUUUUCUUUGCCUGUUUGGCGGGCCAUAGGAGUUUGUGCCAGUUGCAAUGGGUCCGUUUUUAUUUAUUAGAAUCACUAGGUACAAUCCUGUCCUUCAGUAACGACUUACUGCCAGCCUCUCUGACAUACUAGGCAUUUUAAUUUCCUCCUUGUGUCCAUUUUCACAUUGCACAGCUGGGAAUGUUUUGUCGGUCUAGCUAGCUCAUGAUCUUGAUCCUACGAUGCAAAGGGAGAUCUCCAGCCUCCAUCACAUUUUUCGCGGGUAUGGCUGCAGAAGUAACACAGUCCACCGUUGUACCAUACUGCUCUGCAUCCGUUGGAUCAAUUUUGGGAUGGUUCCCCAUGAAUGCAUACCUGUGAAAGUGACCUGGAGCCCAUCUAGCAGCGCCACUUGGGAGUCACAGAUACCUGGUCCAGUGGGCUAUUUUAAAAAAUAUGUCCAGUUCAGCACCUUUUAGGUGAAUUGGUGUGUCUUCCAACCCCCCCCCCAUGCAAAUGUUUCUAAAAGCUGGUCUGUGGAUAGAAAAUGUUCCCCGAGAGCCGGCUCUCAAGUAUUUGAUAAGGAACACUAAGGGAGUGCAUUUGAAUCAGCACACCUGUAAAGAUCACUGAUGGCUCUUUUUCCAUGGGCUGCCUAAAACUGUCAAAGACAAUUCUCUUGCAUUCUCUGUGAAGUCUCCCUACAGACCAAACCAAGCCCUUGACAUGCUACCUCGAAGGGGCUAGGAAAUGCCAACGCUGUCCUUUUGCCCUCGACUCUGCCAGCAGGAGCCUCCCAUCACUGCAAAAAUGCUGAAAGUGCAGGCAGGUAGAAGCAACCACCAACAGCAUCCUUGCUGGCUGCAGCCAACCUUACACUGCCCUCCCAAAAAACCCAGGCAUUUUGGAAUGGGCAGGGAGAGCUGCCUUAGCUGGAUCAGCUAUUGGCAAUGGACCUGAUCUCUCUCGCCAAGCCAGCCUAGAGUUGGUGUAACAACAACUGACAGCUUUUAUUGCCAUCCUGUUCUGCUGUGGCAGGAGGGCUCUGUAUGCAGUGGUGGUUUUGCUGCUUGAUUCAGCCCCGCUGCUCCCAGCCUGGAGUUGCAAUUGCUUCCCUAGUUUCUUUAGACAUAAUCUCCGAAUAAGCCAGUUUCUCAGAUCUAGCAGCAUGCAGCAUUUUAAGAGACCUCUCAGUGAGAGGCAUCUAGCUGUGCCAACCCUCCCUUCCUGUCUGCUUAUCUAGAAAGAAACAUUUGAGCCUCCCUGAGUGUAAAAAGGCACAAGAUCAUAUUGUGAGAUCUGGAAGAGGAAAGGGCUGCGUCGCCUAAUGGGGAGUUUAUGGCACCUGAAUCAGAAGCCUAUGGAAAAAGAGCUGCAAUGUUGUCUUGCACAGGUGUGCAUACUGGAGAAGAAGGGAAGAGUUGGAUUGCAAGCUACCUUCGCUGGAGAGAAGGUAGCUCCAACCACUAGGUCAAACCAACCUAUGUUACUUAAUGACCAGCUGAGCCUCUUCUGAGAGGCCCAGCUCAUUCUUAGAUAGGUAUAGCAAGCAACAUAACCUACAAGUGUUCUGUACACUUUUUCUUCCUUAUGUAAUCUGCAUUGUUUCUGGCAUUAACUAAAAUCUCAUUCUGCCUGCUGACCAAAUGCCCCAUUAUUAUUAUAUUUAAAGAUCUCUUAUUGAUUCUUCAAAGUAACAUGGUAUAACUAUCUCCCCCAUCCAAACGCCCCAUUAUUGAGUUGAUUGCAUUUCCCCCUCCCAUUGGAAAAGCAAUUAUUACCUGAAGCUGCAGUAAGAAGGCAGUUUCCCCAUCUAUUUUUGGAGUGGUUCUCAAGACACACAACUUUCUGUCAUUCAUAGUGUUCACUAAGAACAGUUACUCAUUUAUUUUGGUUGUGCUGGUGCAGGAACCAUAGAAUAUGUUGCUGUAAUUCCUUUUCUGGAGCAGCCGAAAGACCCAUCUGGUCCACUGUUCCAUUUCCAGCGGUGGUUUCACCAGUGGCCUUCCAGAUGUUGUCCAACUCCUGAUUUCAUUAAAGACCUCAAGUCUAUGUAGGAGAAAGAGAUGAUUCUCCCAUUAUUAGAACCUGAGAGACAUCUCAUGGAGGGAAGCUGCCCCGUGGUUGGCCAAUGGAGGCUGCAGGCAUUGCAGAUUGAUGCGCAUCCUUAAUUGUUUCCUUGGAAGCUUGUGCAAAUUAUUUCCCGCGGUACAUUUACAAAAUUAUAGCAUGAACAUUUACACUUCCAGCAGUUGGCAAACAGCAUUGCUUAAAAUAACUGGAAGGCAGCAGGGAGGCUGCUUGUAUAUAUUUCUGAGGGUACAAAGGAGCAAAAGAUAACUUAGAACCAUGAAUAGUAUUAGUAUAGUAUUAUUUCUGAUAGAUGCGCCUCUACAGCUAGGUCAUUGGCUCAGAUCACCUUUCAGUGUUCAUUUAUACCUUAAAAGGAAUUCCAAGUUCUUGAAAUUGCCCCUUUGAUGCUGCCUCUCAGUCUUAGUAUUAUGGGGUUGAGUAGUGUUUAGGCCCUCUUAACAGCGCAAAGCCUCCUAGGCUGCUUAAGUUGUGUUAUGUGGGAGUUGGGAAAGAUGGCACUCCAGGUUCUGCUUCACUACGACUCAACGUGAUCCCAGAUUAUUAGCCAUGCUGGCUGGGACUGAUGGGAGUUGGAGUCGCAACAACUUCCACAAGGCCACAGGCUCUCCUCCCUUGUUUAUAGUGUCUGGUCAAGGCAGGGAGAUUGCACACAGUACUAUCACAAGUGGCUAAAGCGAGGGCUGUGCAAUGUUUAUAAAAUACUGAGCAGCCCUCAGAAAAGUUCCUGUCCUGUGUCUCUAAAUUUAGACAGAACAAUGUAUACAACAGGGUGGGCCAGCUGCUUGCUGUGAACGACUGAGUGAGUGCAAAGUUAGUGAAAGAGCAAAACUGAAAGUUCCAGGAUCCUUUCCUAUUUUUGGCUUGAGGGGUGGCGAUGGUGACAUUUGUGGGCACUUUCAUUUUUCUAGUUGUAGUGGAGACCGUUUGCUUCCCUGUUAAAUAGUUCUGUUGCAAGAAAUGUCCAACAGUCUCCUGAAGCUGUGGAUAAGGAAGCUUGUCAUCUUCCGACAGAGGAGCUCCUAGGGGCUUUGGGAUUUCCUGGAGCAUAAAUUCUCUUGUGGGCUGCGCUGACAUAACUAAUGGUUUGUAAGUGCUUAUUUAAAUUGCUCAGAGAGCUUCAGGUACAGAAUAUUUAUAAGACUGGUGUAAGCCAGGAAGCCUGUAUUAGGUCCAUAUAUGAUGUGGACCUAAGCUUGAGAGAGUUUCCCCGAGGCCACAACAAUAGUUGAUGACCAGUUUAUCUUAACCAUGGCACUGUAGAAGCAGUAAAAGAGCCUACUAUCAAAUCUCUCUUCAAUAAUACUACUCCAUAUUUAAAACAUGUUUAGUGGUGCAGCCAGAAAAUCUAUAGGGACAUGUCACAGUUGACAGCUUUUUAAUGCAAAAAAAGAGAAAUCUAGUAUCAGGAGACAAACUAUGGAAAAGAUUCAGCUCUUAUUUGGGGCAAUUCUUUGUAGGUCAAUCAUGGUAGUUUCUCCAAAGCAAAAAUAAUGCCCUUUUUUGGUGGGGGGUAUCUGACACUGACUCUUUACACUCAGCCCUGUUAGUAAUGAACGAAGUGGACUGUUGUCAUGUCAAUGAACUGUUGUCAUGUUAAUGUGGAAUAUCACAUUAAAUGGCUUUUUUGUUUCA